CAUGAGACACGUGAUGUCCGCCUCGCGUUGCUCGCACCGCUCGACCCACCCGUUUGUUGAGCCCUAGCUGCGCACCGUCGAAUCGAGUGUCAUUGCAUCUUUCCGCGUGCUGCGCGCCGCUGCGAUCGUCGCGUUCGCAAGAACCUCUUGAGCAUCUCACAGCCCAAAGCGGAGCUCGUGUCCGCAGCACGGCGGUUUCACUCCCUGCGUGUCAUUUCUCGUACCGGCAGCGCGGUCUCGACCGACAGCCUCUCUCGCGUCCACCCAUCUCGAAUUCCUCGAAUGGCUACUCGCGUUUCUCCCGCCGUCGAUUCGCCAGCUUUGACCUCAGCAGCGCUAAUCUCAGCCGUCGCCGGCCAGCCGCAUCCCCCAAGUCCCUAUUCCACUGCCCUCACUCCCCUGCGCUUGCGUGCGCUUCUCUGCGGGAACGCGGGGGAGAGUUCGGGGCGCAAGCGCGGUAGCCGGGGCUCGCAACGAUGCCGCGAGACAUGGUUGGGCGGACCUUGUUGCUGGCAGGCACGAAUCACUGGCAGGCAGAUUGUUCUGGCGUUGGCAGGAGGAAGCAGCGGACACGAGGGCGAGCCGCUCCUCGGACAUGCGACGCACUGCCGGAUAACGACUUGCUACCGCCCGGUUUUGAUGCGCGCACUGAUCCCGCGAUAUGUGCGUGUGGAGGCGAUUAAUCUCCAGCCACGAUGCCGCCGCGCGCAGUUCGUCUCAAAAGCCUGCCGGAGAUCAUUCCCGCGUCCCCUAGUCUGAGCUCCGCCUCCGCCGCUCCCACCGCUUCCGCCCAUCGCAGCAGCGCGCUGAUGCCUUCCUCCUCCCCCACCCCCCUGGGCGCAGGGCGCAGGGGGAGCGAACGAAGGGGAGGGGCGGAUGGAAGGCAGAGAGACAUGAGCGGUGAGGGGGAGGGGGAUGGGGGGCAUGAGGAGGAGUUCAGGUACCUUCGCCGUGUUUCCAACCAACAGCAUGGCGCCACGUGGCUGUUCCAUGACGUCAUCGCUGCUCUGCAGUCCUCCUCUGUUUUCCAGCUGCCAGCAACCAGCAGCAACCGCAAUCCUCCGUGGGCUGUGCCUCACAGCCCCACCCAGGCAGCGCUAUCCGUCCUGCCGUCCGCGCUCUUCUCCGUCCUGCACUGCCUGGCCACCGGCCAGCUCCUCGCCCUCGUCACACACCACGCCUUCACCGCGCGCCACACGCUCGUGGCGGCAGCGCUGGCAGAGGGGGUAUUUGCGCUGCUGGGGGGCGUACCAGCCACAGCAGCCGCGCCCAGCGUGCUGGUAGCGGCGCUGAUGGGGGGGCUCUACCGCUUGACUGCGGCGCUCCGUCUGCCCUUCCUGCCCUGGGCGGGCUGGGUGGGGCUCUGGGCGUUUGUUUGCCUGCUGCUGGCCGCUGCUGCUAAUGCGUGCAGGCUGGCGGACCAGUGGUCUGCUGCCACGUGGCGGGUGGAAGGGGCGUUGACGAGUGGGGUGCUGUUUGUGGGCGGAGUGCAGAUGGGUGCAGAGUGUUUCAGACAGGCAGGGGCGGUGGAAGGAGGAGAGGGAGGAGAGGCAGUGGCGUUUGCUACAGUGUGUGUGGCCGGUGCAGGUGUCAUAAUUGCGCUGUGGCUUAGAAGGGCUGCCACAUGGCAUUUUUUUAGUGGCUACAUCCGUGGUUCACUUGCGCACUAUGCUCCGAUACUGGGCUUCCUCGCAUCAGCGGUGCUCCUGGCCGUGCCCCCCUUCCUCCACCUCCCCCUGCUGCUCUCCUUCCAGCUCCCCCUGCCUCUGCUGUCCCCCCCGCCCCACAUCCCCCCCAUCGCGUGGGGCUCUCACCUGGGGGGAGUGACUGUGGGGGCAGCGGUGGCUGCUGCUGUGCCCGGGGCCGUGCUGGCAGCGCUGCUGUUCCUCGCGCACAACACGGCGGCGCUCACGCAAGAGGCCUACACCUUUCUAUCUGCCUACCACCCAUCAUGCCUGUGGGACUCAACCACCCAUUCACACCAUCCUCCAUUCACUCCUCUCCCAUCUCACACCAUCUCUCCCAUCUCACGCCAUCUCUCCCAUCUCACGCCAUCUCUCCCAUCUCACGCCAUCUCUCCCAUCUCACGCCAUCUCUCCCGUCUCACGCCAUCUCUCCCCUCUCACGCCAUCUCUCCCGUCUCACGCCAUCUCUCCCGUCUCACGCCAUCUCUCCCGUCUCACGCCAUCUCUCCCAUCUCACGCCAUCUCUCCCAUCUCACGCCAUCUCUCCCAUCUCACGCCAUCUCUCCCAUCUCACGCCAUCUCUCCCAUCUCACGCCAUCUCUCCCCUCUCACGCCAUCUCUCCCGUCUCACGCCAUCUCUCCCAUCUCACGCCAGCUCUCCCAUCUCUCGCCAUCUCUCCCACCUCACGCCAUCUCUCCCAUCUCACGCCAUCUCUCCCCUCUCACGCCAUCUCUCCCGUCUCACGCCAUCUCUCCCGUCUCACGCCAUCUCUCCCAUCUCACGCCAUCGCUCCCAUCUCUCGCCAUCUCUCCCAUCUCACGCCAUCUCUCCCAUCUCACGCCAUCUCUCCCAUCUCACGCCAUCUCUCCCCUCUCACGCCAUCUCUCCCGUCUCACGCCAUCUCUCCCGUCUCACGCCAUCUCUCCCGUCUCACGCCAUCUCUCCCGUCUCACGCCAUCUCUCCCAUCUCACGCCAUCGCUCCCAUCUCUCGCCAUCUCUCCCAUCUCACGCCAUCUCUCCCAUCUCACGCCAUCUCUCCCCUCUCACGCCAUCUCUCCCGUCUCACGCCAUCUCUCCUGUCUCACGCCAUCUCUCCCAUCUCACGCCAUCUUUCCCAUCUCACGCCAUCUCUCCCAUCUCACGCCAUCUCUCCCAUCUUACGCCAGCUCUCCCAUCUCUCGCCAUCUCUCCCACCUCACGCCAUCUCUCCCAUCUCACGCCAUCUCUCCCCUCUCACGCCAUCUCUCCCGUCUCACGCCAUCUCUCCCAUCUUACGCCAGCUCUCCCAUCUCACGCCAUCUCUCCCAUCUCACGCCAUCUCUCCCAUCUUACGCCAGCUCUCCCAUCUCUCGCCAUCUCUCCCACCUCACGCCAUCUCUCCCAUCUCACGCCAUCUCUCCCCUCUCACGCCAUCUCUCCCCUCUCCCAUCUCUCGCCAUCUCUCCCCUCUCACACCAUCUCUCCCGUCUCACGCCAUCUCUCCCGUCUCACGCCAUCUCUCCCAUCUCACGCCAUUGCUCCCAUCUCUCGCCAUCUCUCCCAUCUCACGCCAUCUCUCCCAUCUCACGCCAUCUCUCCCAUCUCACGCCAUCUCUCCCCUCUCACGCCAUCUCUCCCGUCUCACGCCAUCUCUCCCCUCUCACGCCAUCUCUCCCGUCUCACGCCAUCUCUCCCGUCUCACGCCAUCUCUCCCGUCUCACGCCAUCUCUCCCAUCUCACGCCAUCUCUCCGAUCUCACGCCAUCUCUUCCAUGCCCGCUCCUCAAGCAGAAGUAUGGGGAGAUGAGAUGGAAGGGGAGGGAGUGGGGUGUGAGGGAGGGUGUGGGAGAGUGAGUGUGAGGGAGUGGGACCUGUGCGUCACUGCUGCAGUGGCGGCGCUCUGCCUCUUGUUGGGACUGCCGCCUCCCAUCCGCAUUCCUUAUCUCAGCUCCAUCCGCCUCUCCUACCUGCUCAAGCAUGCGCCUAAGCCGUGGUCUCAGGAGCGCCUGGCAGAUUCUCAUCUGACCCUUUCCCGGGGGCAGACCCCUCGCCACGCCGCCAUGCCCGUGGCUGAGUCUGACUCCAUGCUCGUGCCGCUCUCACCUGCCGCCCAGGGGAAAUCGUCAGCGCCAGCCAGUGCCAUUGAGAGCGCAGCACACGCUCCUCCCCAUGCAACUCCCUCCUGCCCCCCACACUCCCAUCGCCUUCCCCUCGCUCCUCCUCUCGCCGCCCUCGUGUGUGAGUGGCGCACCGUGGGUGGGCUGCUGGCGGCGCUGCUGGCGCUGCUCGCCCUGCCAUCCACGCCUGCCCGCCUCCUCACACUCGUGCCCGUGGCUCCGGUCAUCGGCACAUGCAUCGCUAUAUCGGUCCUCCUCGUCCCCCCCUCCCUGCACCUCCACAUCCUCCUCUCCCUCGCGCAUCCCUCCCGUCGCCCAUCUUUCCCUCCCCUCCCGCCCUCCGCCCUCCCCUUCCUCCGCCGCCUGACCACCCUCGAGUGCUUCUCGGCCUGCCUGCUCCUCGGGUGGUCCUACCUCCCUUCCCUCGGCCCCUCCUUCCCUCUCCCCCUCCUCCUCCUCGCCCUCCUCCUCAACCCCUUCCUCCUUCGCCUUCUCCCCCCCUCCCCCCGCUCCCUCCUCUCUCCUCCUCUCCUCCCCUGUGCUGCGACUCGCAAAGGCAGCGGCUUCAGCAGCAGGGGAAGUGUCAUUAACAGCAGCAGUGGCAGCAGCAGCAGCAGCAGCAGCAGCGCGCGUUGGCAGCAGGAGGUUGGGAGAGGGUGCGGGAGUGAGGGAGGGGAUGGCAGCCAUGGCAGCUGGGAUGCUGGGGAUGGGACGGAUGGGCGGGUGGAAGAGAAGGGGAGUGAGAGUGCGGAUGGGGAAUGGAGGCGAAGGGGCGUGAAGAGGCGAUCAAGGGGGGAAGGACAAGAGGGCGAUAUGGAAGCCGUGCAAUGCAGGCAGAUGCAAGGCCAUGAGGGUGGGGAUGGGCAUGCGCAUAGAUCUCCCAAUGCGGGAUUGCAGAGCGCUGUGGCAAUGCAUGUGGGAAUGCAUGUGGGAAUGGCAGCCGCAUGGGGCGCGCAUGACACGUCUUCUGAUGGCCAUGACCCACACGCCCGCCUGCACCAUCCACGCUAUCCUCUUGACCGUCCAUCGCCUUUCCUGCGCCAGCCAUUUGAACCCGAACUGUCUGCCCGUGGCAGGGCGAGGGUGGACGGGGAGUGCAUGGGCGGGGGAGUGCCUGUGGUGGACGCUUUAGAUGGGGAGGACGCGGAUGAGGAGGGGGGUGGGGGGAAGGGCGACGAGGAAGAGGGGGGUGAAAGAGAGGAGGUGGAGAGGGAACUCGAGGAUAUCGCUGAGAAGGGCGCGCAGCAGCUGGAGGGGGAGGAGCGAACACCAAGUGACGCGGGUGCCACCCCGUCGCUCCCUCCCCCAUCGCUCCCUCCCUCGUCGCUCCCUCCCCCGUCGCUCCCUCCCCAGUCGCUCCCUCCCCCUUCGCUCCCUCCCCCGUCCGUCCCUCCCCCGUUCUUCCCUCCCCCGCCCGUCCCUCCCCCGUCCGUCCCCCCUGUCACGGUGCACAGCAGCGCCCUCUUCUCCCCCGCCACCAUCAUUGCCGCCCUGGCGGGCAGCUCGUCCACCAGGGGGAGAGGCAACGGGAAGGGCGGAGGAGGGGCAAGCGAGGGUUGGGAGGGGAAAGAGGGAGGGGGGACGAGGAGGGUGAAGAGGCGCGGGAUUGGGGCAGAGAAGGGGGGAAAGGAUGGCGGGUGGGCAGGAUGGUGGGACGCAGGGGUUGAGAGGGAUGGCCACGGUUAUGUUAAUGGUGAUGUUCGUGGUGACACAAAAGGGGAACUCGAGGGUGGUGUGCACGCAGCAGCAGAUAGUGGCAGGUUGACUGAGGCACUGAAAGGUAAAAAGGCGAUGGAUGGAGGCACGCGAGCGGCAGACAUUGGUGCUCGGUUCAGAGGGCUGCUGCAGAAAGGGAGAGAGGACGAUGGGGGGAUGGGAGGCACGGUGGCUGUUGAGAGGAGCGAGGAAUCAGAAGUGGAUGAGGAGGACGAGGGGCAUCUGGAGAGUGAGGAGGAGCAAGAAGAGACAGGAGAGGAGGAUGGUGAAGGGGGAGACGAAGUGGAGGGCGGUCCAAGUGACUGGACAGGCACGACUGGGACAGGAAUGAGCGAGGGAGAGGAGGGCGCGGGUGAGGCGAGUGAAGGGGAAGAGGAUGGGGGGUGGAGUGCAGGAGAACGGAAACCAUAAGGAGCGAGGAGGGAGAUGAGGGUGGGCCGAAGCACACAGUGGAUGCACACAGGGG